AUCGUUGGGCGGUUCCUUUACUUCAUAUAUAUUUAUAUUCUCUGGUAUAUAUAACACGAAAAGACUGUUUUCCUCUUCCCAAACUCGUAAGUAACAAUAUUUUCUCCAUUCAGUUACUAUCUCACCGUCACCACACUCGCACGUCUUUCAAUUACAUGCAUUGAUUCUUCUUCUACACCAAGUUAUUCCUUUAUCACAUCUCCUUUUGUUCAUUUCGUUUAAUUAAUCCUUCCUCCAUAUAAUAAAUUGAUGCGACCCUGUCUUUUCAUUCCUAUAUAAAUCUCCAUAUCUUCAAAUUGCAUUCUCUUUUGGAUUUGAUACUCUCUUUUUUUCUUCUUUAGUAUCCAUUCUUAUGCAAAUACGUUGCGUUCUCUGAAUUCGUCGAUUAGUCCUUUCCGCUCGGUCCAUUUCAGCUUCUGUUUUCUUUCCAUUUGGAUUUCUGGGUGGGUGGUCUUUGUUCCCAUUUUUCUACCUGUGUAUUUAGUCUGUUUUGUCUUGGCGGUUAUAUUGUACAAAUCGCUCUUGCAUUUCUCUUACUGUGCGGUUGCGAUUUCACGCUCUUUCGCUGAUAUGGAGAAUAUCAACGGAGAUCAAGACCAAUGUCGGCUAGCGCUCUCUCCAAUUGGAAACAUGAAUUCUUCUCCUCAUGGGUUUCAGACUACGACCUCUAACUCUUUGUCUGAACAAGAAUCCGACGAGCAGUUUGGGCAAACGAGUGUGGAAGAUUCGGAGUCUGACACCAUUACUGAUCAAGAAGCAUCGGUUUCUGAUUGCGAAAGCAGUGUCUCCGGUUCCCCUACUGAGCAUUUCCCGGUGUUCGACGACUUGGUUAGGCUGGCUGAAGGAGAUAGAGUAUACGACCUCGUCAAACGGAGAUUCGUGUUGGGUUUCGCUUCGCUUGGUGUGCAAGCAAAGGUAGUCGGUAUUCAUAGAAAUGGUUUUGGCGGUCUGAUGGGACAAGCGAGGUUGAAUACGUUCCGGAUUUAUGGCCAGGCAAUGGAGAAGAAAUGCGGUGGCAAUGCCAAUAUCAGGUAUGCUUGGUAUGGUGCUUCCAAGGAUGACAUAGUUAAGAUUGCUUCACAUGGUUUUGGUCAUUGUGGGAUAUCUCAGAAUAAUGGAUUGUUUGGCGGCGGCGUUUAUCUUUCACCGGAUUAUUCACCUUUGGAAAGUGCGUGCAACUCGGUAGUCGACAAGGACGGUCUGCGAUAUCUUCUCCUGAGUCGUGUUAUAUUGGGGAAGGCAGAGCUUGUGCAGAUCGGUUCCGAGCAGUGUCACCCAAGUUCCGAAGAAUUCGAUUCAGCCGUCGAUAAUCUUUCAGCUCCUAGGAAAUAUAUUGUGUGGAGUACCCACAUGAAUACUCAUAUUUUGCCUGAGUUUGUUAUAAGUUUCAGAGCUCCGUCUUGCUUGGCAGAGUUUGCAAGGAUUCCAAAACCAUCGAGUGUUCCCACUUCACCUUGGGUUCCAUUUCCAGUUCUAAUUUCUGCACUUUCGAAGUUCUUACCACCUCACACCGUCUCGGUGAUCAGCAAAUAUCAUGAAGCUCACAAAGAAAAGAAGAUAUCACGAAAUCAACUGGUACUAAAACUCAGACAAAUAGCCGGAGAUAAGUUGUUGAUUGCUAUUAUCAAGUCAUUCAAAUCCAAGGAACUCAAGACCCCAACCAGCCUUGCAUAAAAGGUGGCUCUGAUGAAGUGAGGGUUCGAAUGGGUUCUGUAAUAUAAGUGCAGGAAUUACAAAUGGAUUGCUUAAUUUGCUUUUGUUUGGAGGAUAAGAAGUGCAGUUGUCAGUUGCUGUCAAGAACAUGAACGAAACAAAAGCAGAUACUUUUGAUCAGCUGCUUCUAAGGGAAGCAGAUGAUGAGGGACGCAGCAGAUACUUGAGCGGCUAAGUGGGAUUUCAUACUUUAGAUGUUUUGAGUUCUACAUAUGGUGUCCUUUCAGUUGUAAUCGCAUGGUGUAUUACCAACUGUGGUUGAUAAAAGAAAGUGUUACAAAUUUACAUUUCUUUUAGGGGCUGGAAUCUGGAUCCUCUGUGCGUUUGUGCUUAUCUUUGCCAAACUCGUAAUAGCAUUUCAGGAUGCAAUUUUGAGCAAAAUACAGGAGGUGAGGACGUGAGGCACUCGCAGGUCCAGAUUCUGAAAUUCUGGUCACCUUCUUAAACGCACCUACCUCGUAACCCUGUGCACACAUUGUCAUAUGCUCUGCCUCUUUUAUGAGGACAUGUUGUGCUGAUCCAUAAUCAUGCAAAGGUCAUCCAUCAUCUUUGCUGCA